GCCGGAAAGUUGCCCAUGGGGUGGACUUCGCCGUGUAGCGGGAGAGGGGUGGGAGUCGAGGGUGCUUGAUGGAAAGAUCGGGGAAGGGGUUGCACGGAUUGGAGGAGCGAGGAGACUCAGUCCCCAUCCCGAAGCACAGGGCAGGACGUCGCGGCGGAGUGGGGAAGCGAGGAGGCCGUGGCCGGGAGCUUGGAGGCUGAGUUUGAGAAAGCUGCAGAGGAGGUUAGGCACCUUAAGACUAAGCCAGCAGAUGAUGAGAUGCUGUUCAUCUAUAGCCACUACAAACAAGCAACUGUGGGCGACAUAAAUACAGAACGGCCCGGGAUGUUGGACUUCACGGGCAAGGCCAAGUGGGAUGCCUGGAAUGAGCUGAAAGGGACUUCCAAGGAAGAUGCCAUGAAAGCUUACAUCAACAAAGUAGAAGAGCUAAAGAAAAAAUACGGGAUAUGAGAGACUGGAUUUGAUUACUGUGCCUUGUGUUUAUCCUAAACUGAGACAAUGCCUUGUUUUUUUCUAAUACUGUGGAUGGUGGGAAUUCGGGAAAAUAACCAGUUAACCCAGCUGCUCAAGGCUGCUCACCAUACGGCUCUAACAGAUUAGGGGCUAAAACGAUUACUGACCUUCCUUGAGUAGUUUUUAUCUGAAAUCAAUUAAAAGUGUAUUUGUUACUUUAAAUAA